AUGCUCUGUUGGCACCAGCCCUCCUGCUGCCACGCCAAAGAUCUGCCCCUGAGCCCGGCGGGCAGCCACAGCCCCUCCUUCAGCGCCUUCCUCUCUGCCAGCCUCGGGGUACUUGCAUCCUCAGAGCCCUACCCCCUGACCAGCUCCGGCUGGGAGCCCCGGCUGGACUCCCCAUUCCCGUCAGGCCCUGCCACCGGCGCCCAAGUCGUGGCCGAGCCCAGCAAGCAGGGCCCCAAGAACCCACGUGUGUCCGGCGUGACGGUUCAGCUGGAGAUGAAGGCUCUGUGGGAAGAGUUCAACCAGCUGGGCACAGAGAUGAUUGUCACCAAGGCAGGCAGGAGGAUGUUCCCCACCUUCCAGGUGAAGAUCCUGGGCAUGGACACGCUGGCCGACUACGCCCUGCUCAUGGACUUCGUGCCUCUGGACGACAAAAGAUACAGGUACGCCUUUCACAGCUCGGCCUGGCUGGCGGCAGGCAAAGCAGACCCGGCCACACCCGGUCGUGUGCACUUUCACCCGGACUCGCCGGCCAAGGGUGCACAGUGGAUGCGCCAGAUUGUGUCCUUUGACAAGCUCAAGCUGACCAACAAUCUGCUGGACGACAAUGGCCACAUCAUUCUCAACUCCAUGCACCGCUACCAGCCCCGAUUCCACGUGGUCUUCGUGGACCCGCGCAAGGACAGCGAGCGCUACGCUCAGGAGAACUUCAAGUCCUUCGUCUUCACGGAGACCCAGUUCACGGCCGUGACAGCCUAUCAGAACCACCGGAUCACCCAGCUGAAAAUCGCCAGCAACCCUUUUGCCAAGGGCUUUAGGGAGAGUGACUCGGACUCCUGGGCUGUCUCUCCCCGACCCCUGCUCAGCGGCGCGGCCCGGAGCCACAGCCGCCUCGGCCCCUGCCUGCUGAAGGGCUCCGCAGAGGAGGAAAAAGAUCCCAGCAAAGCUCCAGUCUCCAGCUCCAGGACCUCUGCCCGGCUGCACCAUCAGCUGCUGGGCCCCCCUGAGGCUCUGCUGGCCCCAACCACCUACCAGCCCCUCACCUACCAGGGCCUGUACCCUGGAGCCUCAAGCCCCCUCAGAAUCCCAAGGGCCCGACCAACACCAUACCCCCUCCCCAAUAUCCAGGCAGACAGAGAUCAGGAGAGCCUGCCGCUCCCAGCUAGGCUGGGGCUCCUGCCCCCCACUGCCAUGUGCUUGGGGCUUGUCCAGGAUCCUCAGUGAUGAUGAGGGCCCUGUGCCCAGAAUCCUCUUACCCUAAAUACCACCCCUCCUGCCUCACCUCUGCAGAGUCCCUCUUCCUUCAAGGAUAGCAGGGCAGGUGGAAACCCAGAGAGGGAGGCUAUCUACCCAGAGUCACAGCAAGGUUGAGAAGGUGCCAGGCUUGGAGCCCGGUGCUCCACCUCCCAACACGCCCCCUUCUGCCUUGGGGGUGACUCCUCUCAACCCUGCUUUACCUCUCC